GCGAGGCGUGGUUUCAGCGUCAGAAUUGUAAUUUGUGAAAUGUAAUUUUGGAAGUACACACAAUACAUUUACAAACAGUUUAAUGACCGUGUGAGUUAAAAUUAAGUACAGUUUAUCAAGUCCUGUACAGAUAUAAUGAAUAUUUUAAGUAAUAGUCGCCUGUAUCCAUUUUAUAAAACAUCUGUGUGGAAUUCAAAAUGUCAUAGCAGAACCUCAAAAUAUUUGAAAAUAGGUGAUCCAGCAGAAAAGAGAACGGUGUCUAAAAAUAAUCUUAGUGUACAUCUCUUCAACGUGUACUGCAAUAUGAAAGUUCCGUUUGUAUUGGGGCCACAGUGGACUGUGUGGACUCAAGUGCGAUUCUGUUGCAAACCCCCUCGGUUCCACCGCGACAUGCAUUUCCCGACUUUUGAUAAAUAUCGGAAAGAUCACCUAGUAGAUGUCAGGAGGACAACGUGGGGAAUGGCAGACUCAAAAACAGGAAUGGUUUACUUUCUCGGAUUUGUAGGUUGGAUGGCAGGACUGUAUACUCUCAAGUCUCAUGGAUCUCACUACAUCAUGGCCAUGGCACCGGCUAAGGACGUGCUAGCUAUGGCCAUAGUGGAAGUGAAAAUAGAUCGUAUUCUUGAGGGCACCACUGAAACUGUGAAAUGGAGAGGGAAACCAUUAUUCAUCAAGCACAGGACUAAAGCAGAAAUUGAGAAAGAGCGAGCGACGCCGUUAUCAGAGUUGAAAGACCCUCAAACCGAGGAGCAGCGUUGUGUGAAUCCAGAAUGGUUGAUUUGUAUGGCCGUAUGUACCCAUCUGGGGUGUGUGCCUACACCGAAUGCCGGCGAUUUUUUUGGAGGUUUCUACUGCGCGUGUCACGGUAGCCAAUUCGACAGCUUGGGAAGAGCACGAAAGGGGCCUGCACCAACUAACUUAGAAGUUCCGUUCUAUAAAUUUGUGUCACCCACUGUUGUAAGUAUAGGCAAUUAAGGAUGUUACACAAUGUGAUUGGAACUACUUGGUGUAUUUAUAUGUGUUUGUACAAUAUGUAAUUGGAAUUUAUCAUUUUGUAACGAAUUGUAAUUGUUUUUAUAGAAUUAACUUUUUGCG